CCCGCCCCUGCCCGCUCCGCCAUGUUCCCUCCUCGCCCAGCGCCCGGCGGUGGCGCAGCCCGGGAGCGGGAUCGGGCCCGGGACCGGCGGCAGGAGCAGGAACAGCCCCUUCCCGCAGGCAGGGAUCGGCUUCCCCAGCGCGCCCGGGAGCGGCGGCAGUCCCCUUCCCGCGGCCUGAAGCCCAGUGAGAUGGUGAAUGAUGAUUUAAACUGAACAAUUAAGGUCUAGGGAAUCAGGAGGAUCUUUUCCUGUUACAAUGGCAGCAAAAUCAUCGCUCCUUAAAGUAAUACUGCUGGGAGAUGGUGGUGUUGGGAAGAGUUCGCUGAUGAACAGAUAUGUCACCAACAAGUUUGAUGCACAGCUGUUUCAUACAAUAGGUGUGGAAUUCUUAAAUAAAGAGUUGGAAGUCGAUGGACAUUUUGUUACAAUGCAGAUAUGGGACACAGCAGGUCAGGAACGAUUUAGGAGCUUGCGGACUCCUUUCUAUAGAGGUUCUGACUGUUGCCUGCUAACCUUCAGUGUGGAUGAUUCUCAAAGCUUCCAAAACUUAAGCAACUGGAAGAAAGAAUUCAUUUACUAUGCAGAUGUCAAGGAGCCUGAAAGUUUCCCUUUUGUGAUACUGGGUAACAAAGUUGAUAUUGAUGAAAGGCAGGUGUCUACAGAAGAAGCCCAAGACUGGUGCAGGAAUAAUGGCAACCAUCCCUAUUUUGAAACCAGUGCAAAAGAUGCCACUAAUGUUGCAGCAGCCUUUGAAGAAGCUGUUAGAAGAGUUCUAGCCUCUGAAGAUAGAUCAGAUCACUUUAUUCAAACAGAUACAGUAAACCUUCAUCGGAAACCGAAACCCAGUUCAUCUUGUUGUUGACUUAAAUUUCUUUUUGCCAAAUUACUGUUGACUAGCUUGCUCUAUAAACGAAUGGGGAAGGUGUAGUAGAUAAAAUAACAAAUGGGUUUCACUCUAAUAUUAAAAUUGUAAUAUUCUGCUGCUUUCAUGGGGGAGAAAAAAAAAAUCUCCCUUCAUGAGUGACCUGUUACUGAAUUAGUGACACUUUCUGUUUAGGAAGAUGUCAAGUAAAAACAUAAUAUAAGAAUGUAAUUUGCCAACUUUAUUCAAAUGAUAAAUACUUUGAAUAUAAUUAAAACUUGAAAGUUCUGGAAGCACUACUUUGGAGAAACUGUUCUGGAAUUCAGGCACAAAGAUACUUUUAUAUGUGUAUAUUUUUAUGAAAUCAGCAUUCCACUUUUGUUUCAUUAGACAUCAGUUUCUUAACAAUGCUAGAUAUUAAACUUCAGUCUCACUACAUUCCUUUUGCUGUGAGUGGUACUUCAUCUCUAAAUAUCAUAAGUUAACAUAAAUUACCUCUAGGUCUUCUAAUUAACUAAUGUUGCUGUAAUUUAUGUAGGUUUUUAAGUAGGAAAUAAAUUUCCUACAUAUUUAAUGUCCAUUUUCUUUUCAUUUACUCUUCUAAUGCUGCACUAAUUUUUCCAGCAGUUUAAUUCAAAAUACUGAUGAUUUUUAAAGCUAAUGUGUCUUUGCCUUAAGUCCAUUCUAGCAUGUUUCUGAUCAAUAAGGUGAAAAAUUGAGUAACUAAAGUAUAACCAACCAUUUUUUGAAAAAGAAAUGCUUUAUUCAGUCAGCUUUAACAGCACUUGAAAGGAUCCACAUUAUGACAUUUUUUAGGAAAAUUUUUAGUGUACAGCCUUAAAGUUCCAAACCUCUUGUUCCUGUUAACCUGAGCUAUGAAUGUGUUGACCAGUAAUAACCUGCACUGUGAAACUAAGGAUUGGCAAUAUGUAGAGAACUCAGGAAGCUCUUGACUUACAGUAGAUUUUGACAGCUUUCAGCCUAAUACAAGUAUAUAAUAGUUAUAUAGAUAGUAUUUGAGCUGAAUUUGACCCUUAUUUAAAUUGCUGUUUUAGGAUAUGGACUUGUACAUUUAAGAUAAUAUCUUUUAUAUUACUGAACUCAUUUCAUAAUGAUGAACAGGAGCAAAUUCUGUAUUUAAUGGAGUCUUUUUUUGCAGUCAUGCAGACAAAACCACAGAAGGUAAUUUGAGGCUUUCAGUUGCAGUCUGUGGUAGAAUACUUCUAUAGAAAUUGUUCAGUAUUGGCCCUCAGAGUAACCACUGUCCUUGCAGUAGCAAAACUGAUAGUGCACUACUGCUUCCAUCUGUAAUCUGACUGCUGACAGGCACACAGGUACACAUCUUGUGGACUGAAAAAGGAAGUCUGAGGCCUGUAGGACAGGCCACGUUAUUCAUUAAACAACUGCUUUCUGUACAGCAACUUUUUUGUUCCAGUAGAAAAGCCUUUAUUGAGAAUACGAUACCAGCAAGCAUUUUCUCUUGAAGUAUCUGAUCAGUCUGUACCAGGUGUACUUAUUUGGAAGUAAAGCUUGCAAAAACAAACCCUCUUUGUCACUCUUAGUACACUUUUCUGAAUGCAUUGUAUUCUUGCUUGAACCUGUCUAGGGCAACUUUACUCUGUAGAUCUGCUUCUCCUGCUUAAAAGUGACAUCUUUUUACCUUUUGUGCAUUUCUAAGGCUCAUUCAUUCUUGCAGUCCUGCAUAUACAGCAACAGAACUGUUUUAAGCUUCAGUCACUGAGCAGCUAAAUAUAAGUUGAACUGCUACUUCUGUUAUGUUUAAUUUCUAGUCAAUGAAUCAAGAGAUCUGUGAAGAAAAUCAUAGCUAAAUGGUUCCUAAUCUUAGAAUGAGAGAGCAAAAAGCUUUAGAAAUGAAGGUUGCUUGCAUUAAGGACUACUAAGCUAGUGACAUGAAAUUGUUGUAAAACUACUACCUUACUACUUAAAGCUUCCUUUAACAUUCAUUUUAGCAGAGACUAAGGUUGAAACAAAACAGGAGCUGUAGAUACUGUGACUAGAGUAUAUGACUAGAUAACCCUAAUUUUUUCCUUUUAGCAAUUUUAUUUGAAUGAUGAGAACCAUUGUGGUCUUUCUUGUGCCAAGGCAUCCAUCUGUGUCUUCCCAUCUGUCCCCUUUCCAUGUAACAUCAUGGUUACCAAGCCUCCAUCUGAGAAUUAGGUUUAAUAAAGUUAAGUAAAACAUAA